UGCGCAUUAUUUGGAUUCAGGCUACGCGUGCACGGCUACAGAAGCUCGAGAACGACAAUGACAGACUACAGGGAGGAGCAAGAAGGAGAGGUGGAGGCGCUGCGGAGCAUAUACCCCGAGGAUGAACUAAAAGUAUUGUCUGAAGAUCCGUAUUGUCUGGAGGUAAAGAUAUCAGUUGAAGACAGUAACAACGAAAACAGUCAAGUAAGUGUGGAUGUCAGGUUCACUCUCCCGGCCAAUUACCCCGACGAGAUUCCUGAGAUUACCAUAACGAUGGGGACAGGGGUGGAGGCAGGGGAGAUGAGGGACCUGGAGAGAGUGCUGACUCAGCAGGUUAGCGGCUACAUGAAGCAGGAAAUCUUGUGGGGUUUCCUUUUCCAUCUCAAAAGACGUCUUAGAGAGAAAGUUUCUGAUUCAGUAGGAUUGAUAUCUGCAUAAAAACCACCAACAGCCGUGAUUAUACCACUCUAAAAUAUUGUGUGUGAUGAUGUGAUGAUGUGAAUGUGUGCCCAGGCGGGGGAGAAUGUGGGGAGUGUCAUGGUGUUCACGCUGGUCUGCGGAGUACAAGAGUACCUGCAGCAGAGAGAGGAGAGAGCGAGAGAAGAGAAGGAGAGGGAGAAGAGGGAGAGAGAGGAAGAACAACAGAGACUGGAAGAGGCCAAGUACAGAGGGACUCUGGUGACAGUGGAGAGUUUCAGAGCAUGGAAAGAGGGGUUUGAGGAGGAGAUGAAGGAAAAGAGAGGCAAACAGAGAGAAGACACGUCCACAACUAGCCGUCGACUUACUGGUCGACAAAUGUUUGAAAGGGACACAACUCUAGCUCUGUCUGAUGCCAAGUUCUUCACUGACGAUGACAUGGAAUCGGGGCAGGUGCAGGGUGACAUGGAACGGGGACAGCAGUAUGAGGUUGAAGUGGACGAGUCAUUGUUUGAAGACCUGGAUGACCUUGCGUUAGAAAAUGACUCUUAGCAUCCGUCGAUCACUUCCCUCCUCCAGUCAUCCCCCCUCUUGUUUGUCAGUUGU